CGUCAACCCACCCACACCAUCACCAACACGCACAGGCUCUCUUGAACAUCGUCCGUAAGUCAAUCGCUGCCGCCCCGCGCCCCUCCGCGGUCUUUGUAUACCUGCACACCACACAUCGGCGAUCACAGGCGUGAACGACGCUGCAUCCUGCAGCAGGCGCUCAAUACUGUCCUGCGCCGACAACGCACCUCGACGAGCCUCCCUAACCGUUCUUGACACUCGCCGUCCACAUAUUGGUCCCUGAGUCUAACUUUCUUGCGCUAUAGGUUCGAGAGUCUUUUCACCGCCUCUACACCUUCCCCUUACACACCACACACCCGCCGCCAACAUGGGUCUCACAUUCUCGAAGCUUUUCGAUAAGCUAUGGGGAAAGAAGGAGAUGCGCAUUCUGAUGGUCGGUCUCGAUGCUGCCGGAAAGACCACAAUUCUCUACAAGCUCAAGCUUGGUGAAAUCGUCACCACCAUCCCCACCAUUGGUUUCAACGUUGAGACAGUCGAGUACAAGAACAUCUCGUUCACCGUGUGGGAUGUCGGCGGUCAGGACAAGAUCCGUCCUCUCUGGAGGCAUUACUUCCAGAACACCCAGGGUAUCAUCUUCGUCGUCGACAGCAACGAUCGCGAUCGUGUUGUUGAGGCCCGUGAGGAGCUCCAGAGGAUGUUGAAUGAGGAUGAGCUGAGGGACGCUCUUCUCCUUGUCUUUGCCAACAAGCAGGAUUUGCCCAAUGCCAUGAACGCUGCUGAGAUCACCGACAAGCUUGGUCUUCACAGUCUCCGACAACGCGCCUGGUACAUCCAGUCGACUUGCGCUACAUCCGGUGACGGUCUGUACGAGGGUCUCGAGUGGUUGUCCAACUCCCUCCGCAAGGCCGGCCACAACUAAGUCCUCUCCACCCGUACGUAGCGACGCGAUAAUGUCAACGUCAGCAAGCCCAGACAUAUCACAAAUAGUACCUCUCUCCAUGACCGUGGCCGAGGUCGGUCUCGGUCAUGGCUUCUCUCAGGAAUGCGUGCAUCGAUGUUUAACGAAUUGGUGGUGGAGCGGACAAAUUUCCCUUUCACCAUUGGAGUUUGUGUGAAAUGCAAUGCGAUGCGAUGCGGAUCUGUUUUGCGUCUCACGGAUCGUUGGUGGUGCCAAACGGAAACAGUCUCUC